AUGCCUAUUUUUCCGCUGGAAAUCCUCCAUCGCAUAUCCUAUUUCUGCGACCCCCCGACAAACGCAAUCACUGCUGUAGUCUGUAAAGGAUGGUCAGAUGAGAGCCUGAAUAGACUUUGGUACCAAGUGGACGAUCUGGAGCAACUGCUGAGCCUCUUCGGUGAACUCCGUGCUUAUUCGCGACCUUAUCAAGAAGGUCACUAUUACCUCUACCGGGAUGGUAGGCCAACACAUAAAGGCUGGCUUCGUUUUCAAACCAUAUAUCAGCACAGAAUACGAAUCCUCGGACCCAUCACGGACCAAGACUCCUAUCUAGAACCCUUAGCUGCUUUGGCUAUGCUUAGGUCGUCUGGUCCUCUGCUUCCCAGACUACACACUUUGAUUUGGGAAAAUUGUGCUUUUGAAGAAACUAGGAACGAUGAACGAUGUCUCAUGUUCAUGAAUGAAAGCGUUAGAACCUUCAAAAUUGCAGGUGAUCCAGCCGAUGACACGAUAAUCGAUGGCCUCGAAACCCUUUUCUCGUGUACUUCGGCACGAAUGCCCAAGCUUACCUCCCUCGAGGUUGAUUUUCCCCCUCUCGACGAAUAUCAACUCCCUUUACUGGAUCUUGUCCGCAGUCUUCCGGACCUCACCGAACUCAUCAUACCACCUUUCCCAGAUUUAACGGUGAUCCUGCAAGGUCUCUCUAGCCUUGGUCGGUCUUCGCGUUUGUCACACCUUGGGAUUGCUUCAUCCAAGGCCGCAGACUCAGACGAACCGGGCGAAGUCACAGUAAUUGAUCUUUCUGGAGUCGAAAGCCAUGGCUUUAGUCAGUUACGGAUGCUUCAUAUUCAUGCAACCUACGAUGCAGCUUCACAGAUCUUUCUUCAAACUUGGCCUCUCACUGAGGUGUCAAUCCAUUGUCAUACACCUGCAUCAAAUAUUGCGACAGCGGAAUUGGUCUCGCGAAUCGCUUCCAGCUGCCCUAAUCUCGAAGAGCUCACAUUGUCGUUUUUUGACAUGAGCAUUGAGACGUUGAUUACACUAGAAGACGCACCUCCACAGCUUGUAACUAUCAGCGAUUUGGAACCACUCCUGCGAUGCGCCAAGAUAUCUCUGUUUCAUCUGGAUACAAUAUGGCCUCUUUCACUCUCCGACACGGACAUGCAACGAUUGGCGAGGAGCUGGCCUUCAUUGCGGUACCUAUCUUUAACACCAGUCCCCGGAUUCCUAGUCCCAGAAAGAGUAGAUAAAGUCUCUCUCCGAUCGUUACUUCAUCUUGCGAAGUCCUGUCCAAAACUUUGCGAUCUUCAUCUGCUUUUUGAUAAUCAGGAUGUCCAACUAGACGACUUGCUGCAGGAGCUUCGAAUCAAAGGUAUUCUCCAAUUCAAGAGAUUAUUAAAUUUCGGAGUUGGGUUUUCUCCAAUACAUGAUUGGCUAGGUGUCGCUACAUUCUUAUCGAAGAUUCUACCCCCCAGCGUGCCACUCCUCUGGGGAUGUGGUCCAGAUGAGUGGAUUGACACUGACCACAUCUCCCCUGACAUAAAGUCUAGUUGGGAUCACCGCUGGAAAAGAGUGGGCAGUUUUUUGGCAGGAGAGCACGCUAUAGCCAUAGUUUCCGAUGAUUCAAGUGAAGAAUGA